AUGCGGAAAACCACAGAUGCUGACUGCCGACGAAGGGUCGGGGGUCUGGUGGAGGCGGGAAGGAUUGUGUGUCCUGGCCACCCAGCAGCAGCAGCAAGACUCAAUCCUGGGCUGGGCAAACCUCUCUGGGAGUCUCGGCCUCUAGAUCUGGAGCGCAGUGGCACGCUGGGCUGCAAGCGGUUCGUGGAGUCUCUGCGCUGUUCUGAUGGACAGGGCUGCCCUCCUCCGAAAUUCGGCACGCUCAUGACAGUACCACGGCACAUCCGUCUGGUGCUGCUGAUAUUCAGAACUAAAGAUUCGAAGCUUCUUGUUUCCGACAGCGGCAGCGGCUAUCAUCAGCGUCAGUGUCGCCGCCAUAUUGGACCGGGCAGCUCUUUGUCAGAAGACUGGUCUGAAGAAAAUAUGCCUGAUUCGUGUGCUGCUUGGGGCUGCAAAAACCGCCGCACAAUCCAAAGCAGAUACCGGGGAAUUACUUUUCACAAGUUUCCUAGGGAGAAAGCAUUGAGGAGGCAGUGGGAAAUAGCUACAAGAAGGAAAGGUUUUUCCGCCAGCGACUGCUCUGUGCUGUGCAGUGAGCACUUUAAGCCACAGGAUGUAGACAGGACAGGUCAGAUUGUCAGGAUUCGAGAAGGAGCUAAACCAUCUGUCUUCAGUUUCCCAGCUCAUCUACAAAGACCAGUGGCACCCAGGAAAACAAGAACAUCAAGGAAAGCUGAAGAGAGGCCGCCAGUGGACUGUUCUCAGCAGUUACAAAAGACUAAACCUCUGCCUAAUGUAGACCACUCUUAUGCAUUGCCUGCAGAUCCCACUGAUCUAAAGGCUAGACUCGGAGAAGCCUUGGCUAGAGUGGAGAGUCUGGAGCGAGACAUGAGGAACGUGAAGAAACGAGAACAGCGGGCAAAGAACAUGGUGCUAGCUCUUCUAGAAGACCUGAAUGGAAAGAACUUAAAAAAUGACGAGUUGAAACACAAGCUCAAUUUCUACUCAGGGAAAAUGAAGAGUUGAACUGUAUGGUGGAUGAGUUCCAUGGAUGCCAAGCCUGGUGUUAAAAUGAUGAUGUUAUAUAUGUUGAUAUGUAUUUUUGAUUUGUCUAUAGUUCCGGUGCAGUGGUUUGGUGGGAAAAGACUUUAGCCUCCAGUCUUGUGUGAUAUAACUGUUCUUUUUGUGACAAUUUGUCAGCCUUAGCCUAGUCAUUAUUUUUUGUGUAUUUUUAAAUAUUGUGUC